GAGCCGUGCUGGGGGAGUCCGUUGUAAGCCUAAGGCUUUUCCUAUAGGUGGUAAUCGAUGUCCUUGGACUUCGACGGGUUAGCAGGCGGGAAAUGGGGCUUUGAGGAGAGGAUAUGGAUGGGAAAUGGUCCCAAAGUCCUGAGUGGUUGUUUUCUUCCCACUGACCGAAGCUGGAGAGGGAUCCCUCAGGAGGGUGUGUUCCGGAUUUCUUGCCUCAGGCCCAAGACUCCAACCAUUUUAUAAUGGAAUCUUUAUUUUGUGAAAGGCUGUCUGCACACAUCCAUGCAUGUCAUGUUAGCAGAUACUGUAGAGGCUAUGAGUAUGUUUAUCCCAGUAGAUUCAGGGACAAUUCCAGCUGCUCUUCCUGCAGAUCCCGUACCCGGUGUCGGGGGGCUCCGGAGAGGAACAAUAGGGAAGAACCGUCCGUCCUGAACCGCCUCCCCGCCCAGGCCCCCAUUUUCCUCUCUCCCCGGCCCGCCCAGCCCCAGCCCUGCUUCCUGCGGACGUCAGGCAGUGAUGCCUUCCCCAGGCCUAGAUAAAGGUAGCGGGGACUCGUCUCUGGAGAAGGAGUUCCUUGGGGCCCCAGGGGGGCCCUCGGUGAGCACCCCCAACAGCCAGCACUCUUCUCCCAGCCGCUCGCUCAGUGCCAACUCCAUCAAGGUGGAGAUGUACAGCGAUGAGGAGUCCAGCAGGCUGCUGGGGCCGGACGAGCGGCUCCUGGAGAAGGAGGACAGUGUGAUCGUGGAGGACUCGCUGUCGGAGCCCCUGGGCUACUGCGACGGCAGCGGGCCCGAGCCCCACUCCCCCGGCGGCAUCCGGCUGCCCAACGGCAAGCUCAAGUGCGACGUGUGCGGCAUGGUCUGCAUCGGGCCCAACGUGCUCAUGGUGCACAAGCGCAGCCACACCGGGGAGCGGCCCUUCCACUGCAACCAGUGCGGCGCCUCCUUCACGCAGAAGGGGAACCUGCUGCGCCACAUCAAGCUGCACUCCGGCGAGAAGCCCUUCAAGUGCCCCUUCUGCAACUACGCCUGCCGCCGGCGGGACGCGCUCACCGGCCACCUCCGCACGCACUCCGUCUCUUCUCCCACGGUGGGUAAGCCCUACAAGUGUAACUACUGCGGCCGGAGCUACAAGCAGCAGAGCACCCUGGAGGAGCACAAGGAGCGGUGCCACAACUACCUGCAGAGUCUCAGCACUGAAGCCCACGCGCUGGCCGGCCAGCCAGGUGAUGAGAUACGUGAGCUGGAGAUGGUGCCAGACUCUAUGCUGCACUCAUCCUCUGAGAGGCCCACAUUCAUUGAUCGCCUGGCCAACAGCCUCACCAAACGCAAGCGUUCCACCCCCCAGAAGUUUGUAGGUGAGAAGCAGAUGCGCUUCAGCCUGUCGGACCUCCCCUACGAUGUGAACUCGGGUGGCUACGAGAAGGACGUGGAGCUGGUGGCACAUCACGGCCUGGAGCCUGGCUUUGGGGGUUCUCUGGCCUUUGUGGGGGCAGAGCACCUGCGUCCCCUCCGCCUCCCACCUACCAAUUGCAUCUCCGAACUCACGCCCGUCAUCAGCUCUGUCUACACCCAGAUGCAGCCCCUCCCCGGUCGGCUGGAGCUCCCAGGAUCCCGAGAAGCAGGUGAGGGACCCGAGGACCUGGCUGACGGUGGUCCCCUCCUCUACCGGGCCCGAGGCCCCCUCACUGACCCGGGGGCGUCCCCCAGCAACGGGUGCCAAGACUCCACAGACACGGAGAGCAACCACGAAGACCGGGUUGGGGGGGGGGUGCCCCUCCCUCAGGGUCCCCCGCCCCAGCCGCCUCCCACCAUAGUGGUGGGCCGGCCCAGUCCUGCCUACGCCAAAGAGGACCCCAAGCCGCAGGAGGGGCUGCUGCGGGGCACCCCGGGCCCCUCGAAGGAAGUGCUCCGGGUGGUGGGCGAGAGCGGGGAGCCCGUGAAGGCCUUCAAGUGCGAGCACUGCCGCAUCCUCUUCCUGGACCACGUCAUGUUCACCAUCCACAUGGGCUGCCAUGGCUUCAGAGACCCUUUCGAGUGCAACAUCUGUGGCUACCACAGCCAGGACCGGUACGAAUUCUCCUCCCACAUCGUCCGGGGGGAGCACAAGGUGGGCUAGCAGCCACUGCCCUCCCCUCGGUCCGCCACUCCACUGCCCGCCUACAGCAGACCCCCACCUCAUCCCAAGGAGUUGUGCUGUGUAGCCCCGCCCCCCACCGGCUGCCUGACUUCACACUUGGCCCUGAAUCUCCCUCACCUCUCUUCCCGGUGAUUCAAGCAUUGUGAUGAGACAGGUUUUUGCUUAUGUUUCUCCUUUUUUCUCUUAACCUCUCGUCCCAGCCUACUCAGAGUUAUUUAUUGAUAUAAUUAGCUGGUUUUUCUUUUGCAUUUUUUAACUUCUAUCAGUCACUUGCCACUCCUCCACCCUCUUGCUCACAGUCCCCUUCCCCGUUUGGGGCCUAAUUUUUCUCUCUGUGUUCUGGCUUUCUCCCACAGCCCCCCGGGGUGGGAAGCCCCUCUUGGUACUAAAAGACAUGAACUUGUUGCGUUCAGUCCUCGCUUUUGCGUUAUGUGAUGCUUCGGUUUUGCUGCUGAUAGCUCCCUCCGGCCCUCCCUUAGCUCUGCGGCAUUAUGUCUCCUCUCUGGGACCUCCAGCCCCGGACUCCAUACCUCUUGUGCCCUCUCACAUUAGGCAGCUUGCACUUUUCGUAAACACGUGAAGAAUCCCCUCGUUUGGAAGUAGGAGGGGCUGAAGACAUUCUCCCCAGUCGCUGUGGGUGGAGGGUCUGGACCUCCCCCUGGUCACACGAGUUCCCAAAGCCCACGUUCAGGACCUCCCUCUAGGAUGUGACGUAUCUCUUCCCUCCUCUCGAACAACCCCCAACACUGCUCUACUCGCUUCAACCUGCCAGGCUGCUCAAUGGUAGCUUUUCUCUCCUUGGAGUGCCCCAAU